AUGGAGGAGGAAGGUUCUGGGCUGAAGAACCUGUCUGCUGGCUUGGGAAGGGAGGAUGGUCUCUACCCCACCUGGGUGGUGUUCACGCUGGCUGUCAUCCUCAUCAUCACCAUCGCUGUGGACAUCCUGGGCAACCUCCUGGUGAUUGUCUCAGUCUUCAAGAACAAGAACCUGAGAAAAGCAGGCAAUGCCUUUGUGGUGAGCUUGGCCAUUGCAGACUUACUAGUGGCUUUUUACCCUUAUCCCCUGGUCCUGAUGGCUAUUUUCCAUGACGGCUGGGUGAUGGGGUACCUCCAUUGCCAGGUCAGCGGCUUCCUGAUGGGCAUCAGCGUUAUCGGCUCCAUCUUCAACAUCACUGGCAUCGCCAUUAACCGCUACUGCUACAUCUGCCACAGCCUGAAGUACGACAAGCUUUUCUCGGGCACCAACACCGUGUGCUACGUGGGGCUGGUUUGGGCACUCACCUUGCUGGCCAUCAUGCCGAACCUCUUUGUGGAGUCCCUGCAGUACGACCCGCGGGUGUAUUCCUGCACCUUUGCCCAGUCUGUCAGCGCCCUCUACACCAUCGCCGUGGUGGUCAUCCAUUUCUUCCUCCCCAUCACCAUAGUCAGCUACUGCUACCUGCGGAUUUGGGUGCUGGUCAUCCAGGUGCGCCGCAGGGUCAAGCCGGACACGCAGCCCAAAAUCAAGUCCCAUGAUUUCUGGAACUUCCUGACCAUGUUCAUGGUCUUUGUGCUCUUCGCUGUGUGCUGGGCGCCGUUAAACUUCAUCGGCUUCGCGGUGGCGGUCCAGCCCACACUGGGUUCCUUGAUACCUGAGUGGCUCUUCACGGCCAGCUACUUCUUGGCCUACUUCAACAGCUGUCUGAACGCUGUGGUUUAUGGGGCGAUGAACAAUAACUUUAGGAAAGAGUACAAGAGAAUCAUACUGACUGUGUUGCAACUGGCUUACAGGGCUGAUGGAGACUAG